AUGAGUCCUGUCGCUAAACAUGGCGAUCAAUACCAAUUGAGCUAUCGGGUCGGUGUCGCAGAGAAUAAAAAUUCAAAAUUUCGCAAAACUAUGGAAGAUGUUCAUACCUAUGUUAAAAAUUUUGCAUCGAGGUUAGAUUGGGGUUAUUUUGCAAUAUUUGAUGGUCAUGCUGGUUCGCAAGCUUCAAAAUGGUGCGGCUCUCAUUUACACAGAGUUGUUGAAGAGUUAUUGCUCGAAGACGAGACAGACGAUGUAAGGAAUGUCAUGAACCGUUCUUUCUUACGCGUAGAUCAAGAAAUAAAUUCUGAAUUACCUGGUAAUAGUGGUUGUACGGCAGCCGUUUGUAUGUUGAGAUGGGAAUUACCAGAUGGUGUACCUGAGCAGUCCCCUGAGUUGAAUGAACAUAAAAGAAAACUAUAUACAGCAAACGUGGGGGAUUCUAGGAUAGUAUUGUUUCGAAAUGGUCAGAGUAUAAGACUAACAUAUGAUCACAAAGCUUCUGAUAUAUUAGAAAUGCAAAGAGUUGAACAGGCGGGUGGACUUAUAAUGAAAAGUCGAGUUAAUGGUAUGUUGGCUGUUACAAGGUCUCUUGGUGAUAAAUUCUUUGACGGUCUUGUUGUUGGCAACCCGUUCACGACAAGUGUUGAAAUAACGAAUGAAGAUAAAUUCUUGAUAAUAGCAUGUGAUGGACUAUGGGAUGUCAUAGAUGAUCAAGAAGCAUGUGAAAUUAUCAAAGAUAUAAAGGAACCUAAUGAAGCCGCGAAAACACUUGUUAGGUAUGCCUUAGAGAAUGGAACCACAGAUAACGUAACGGCGAUGGUUGUAUGUCUAUAA